GCUACGGGGUCGCAAAGAGUCGGACACGACUGAGCGACUGAACUGAACUGAACUGAAGCGUCUGGAAGGACUUAGGUAAAAAGUGGCCUGAGCGGGCCGCCAGUGCGCAUGGGCGGCCCGGACCUUGGUACCGGGACCGCGGUCUUAAGGAGCCCCUGCGUGCGUGCGUGUGCGUGCGUGUGUGCGUGCGUGCGCCCGCGGCCUGCCCCGCGGCGGGGGGCGCGGGGGGAGGGGCGGUGUUCCGCCACGGCCUUACCUGCCCGCGUUCUCCGCUUCCAUUCCCUGCUGCCGCUGGCGCGCGCAGCUCCUCGGGCCCGGCAACCCAGCGACUCUAGUACCGCGGCGCACGUACGGCGGUACGGUAAUAACCAGACGCUCGGACUCGAUUGCCGGCAGAACUCGGGCAGUGGCUGGGGCACAGGCUCCUCCCCCAAGUUUCCAACUCCCCCUCCCCCAGUAGGCCAGCCCCACCCUCAGCGCUGCGCUUCCGUCUGCUCAGAGCCAAAUCCCACGCCCUGUGGUUAUCACGUGAUGCCGGCCGUCCAGUCACGUUCGCGCUCCUCUCGUUGGUUCUUCUGCUUGCCACUUGGCCUUUCGGGAAGGGUGGAGGAUUAAAAAGGCUGGGAGGGCGAGCACUUUGCUGACAUAUCACUCAGAAUCUGAGUUAUGGGCGGUAUUCAGUGACUAUCUGUUGAAUGACUGAAGUAGCAACAGCCCAUCCUCUUUUUCUCUCUGGGUUUGCUAACUGCUCAGGACCGCAGUUUGGAGAAGGUUUAAAGCAACAUCUCUUAAGGUAUUCUUGUUUGUUUUGUUUUUUUUGGCCGCCACAUCAUGUGGAAUCUUAUCUCCCCCAUGGGGAUGGAACCUAUACCCCCUGCAGUGGGAAUGCGAGUACUUACCUGUAAACCACCAGUUCCCCAUCCUGAAUAUAUUUUUAAAUGCCUGAAUUAGGUGAGAAUAUUGUGGAAAUUAAGUCGAAGUGAAGGUUACUAAUGGGAAGCUCAAGAAGUGGGAAGCUAUCAUCUUGGAUAGGAGAUCAUCUCUGAUGCUGGCAGGCAGGACUGGCUUUAUGGGUGUGUGAUCUGUGUGGUUGAAUUUAUUGUCGUUUAGCUGCUACGUUGUGUCUAGCUGUUUUAUGACCCCGUGGACUAUAGCCGACCAGGCUCUUCUGUCCAUGGGAUUUUCCAGGCAAGAACACUAGAGUGGGUUGCCAUUUCCUUCUCCAGGAGAUCUUCCUGACCCAGGGAUUGAACCCAAGUCUCCUGCAUUAGCAGGUGGAUUCUUUACCACUGAGCCACUAGGGAGGCCUGAGUAGUUGAAUAAGGUCCCAUAAUUGACUUAACUGUUCUGCUACUGCCAUCUUGAAAUUAUUUACUUAAAAGGGGCCUGCAUUUUUACUUUGAACUGGGGUUUACAAAUUAUUAGUUGAUCCUGUUGACAGG